GUGUUAGUGGAUGGGAGAUGGACCAAAUUAAAAAGUCAAAAUAAAUGACCAAAAUAAUAGACAAAAAUGUAUUAAUAGAUGAAUUAAUUAACGGUCAAAAACAAAAUUCUCAAAGAUGGUUUCUGUCAUUUGGAUCAUUCUUAUCACACUUACAUAUAUUAUAAGUGUUUAUUUUUCCAGUAAAUUUGGUUUUAAUUAAUUAUUUGAUGUCAUAAAAACAAGGGGAAAUGUCAUGAUUGACAGCUGAGACUGACUUGCGAUUGGUCGAGCAUGUGUAUCAUCAUCUUCUUGCUCCCUGAUCAUGACUGUACAGACUCUGGCCCCAAAACAAUACAGAAAUACCUUUUGACAUCAGACUAUCAGACUAUCAGACAUCAGGAAUUAUUUUAUUAUAUAUAUAUAUAGUAAUAAUAAUGUUACUUAUAAUAUAAUACAUAUUACCGAUAAAUGACAUAAUAUAGUUAAUUAGUUAAAUCUGAAUUUCACUAGAAACUGUGUUCGAUGGGAUUUAGCUGGAAAGUAUUAAGUUGAGAGAGAGAGAGAGAGAGAGAGAGAGCGAGAGAGAGAGAGAGAGAGAGAGAGAGGGCUGACCAACAGGUGGCUGAUCCUCAGUGCUGAGAUGCAGCCGCUGUUUGACCGGUGGAUAACCUGAGGAGAAAAAACACGUCUGAAACGUCAGAAUGAAGGUGAGCUCACUCUCUCGAAGCUGUCCAAAAUCUGUCUUUAUUGUAUCAUAGAAUGUUUCAAUUCAACAAAAAGUAUUAAAGUAUGCAUCUUUUCUAUUUCUUUGUACCAAAUCUAGAUAUUACACCAGUUCCUUAGCAUUAAUACAAUAUGAUGAAAGAUAACUGGUAGUCUUCAUCUCCAUUUGUAUGGCUGCCUGCAUGUGACUAAAUCAGAUGAACAGCACAACUGUUAACACUGUAUAUUAUCUCAAUGUAUAAUAAUGUACUGUAGACUGCUCAUUGAAACAGUGGUAUUUUUCUAACCAUAAUAUUGCCUUGCUGUUGUGAUUUUCAUAUAUUGCCAUGUUGCUGUGGUCUUGUUGUUCUCUGACAUGCAGCUCAGCAGGUUGUGGCUCUGUGAGGGAUUUCCCUGCGUAAACCCAGGAGGAGCUAAACUACUUAGCUCCGUGCACACGGCCUCCUCCUCCUGACACUCAGUGUCUGCACUGCAACAACCACUGCAACACACAAAAUGUAUUUGAUUCAGGGUGUCCAGUCUCUCGCCCUGUGGCAGAAAAUCCAACUACUCUACCAAAGGAUUCUGGACAAUGGAGACAAGAGGACAGACAGCUGGCUGCUGGUCUAUUCUCCUGUUCCAAUCGGCUGCAUCUUCCUGUGUUACCUGGUCAUCAUAUGGGCAGGGCCGAAGCUGAUGGCCAAGAGGCAGCCAGUAAACCUCAAAGCUGUCCUGAUCGUGUACAACUUUGCCAUGGUCUGCCUGUCUGCCUACAUGUUCUAUGAGUUCACAGCCUCUUCCUGGUUGGCCAGAUACAGUCUGCUGUGCCAGCCAGUCGACUACAGUGACAGCCCGCCGGCCAUGAGGAUGGCAAGAGUAUGCUGGUGGUUCUACUUCUCCAAAGUGAUCGAGCUCAGUGACACUAUAUUUUUCAUCCUAAGGAAGAAGAACAGUCAGCUGACCUUCCUCCACAUCUACCAUCACGCCACCAUGAUCUUCAACUGGUGGGCCGGGGUUAAAUAUGUGGCUGGGGGCCAGUCCUUUCUGAUUGGUCUGAUCAACUCCCUGGUCCACAUAUUGAUGUAUUUGUACUAUGGCCUGGCAGCGCUGGGGCCGAGCAUGACCAAAUACCUGUGGUGGAAACGCUACCUCACCUCCCUGCAGCUGCUCCAGUUCUUCAUCGUCACCAUCCACACCACCUACAACCUGUUCGCUGACUGCGACUUCCCCGACUCCAUGAACGUGGUGGUGUUCGCCUACUCACUCAGCCUCAUCGCUCUUUUCAGUAACUUCUAUUACCGCAGCUACCUGGACAAGAAGAAGACCACGUAGACGUGAGGAGAUGAAGAAGGAAACGAUCUGUUUCCAUCAAAUACUGAACGUGGAGGCAGAGAAACAGCUGAGAUGAAAGAGUUUGGGAACAGGGAGGUUAUCCAGAGGCGGGUGAAGGAGAGGCCACAUCUCUACUUCUCUGUUAUGUUAAUUACUUCAUGUUCAUUAUGUUAUGUUAAUGACUGUAUUGCUCAUGUGUAUAAAUAUGUUAUGUAUGUAAAAAUACAAUAUUUAUGAUGUGUUUAAAUAAAACCAAACACUUUUUUUGA